CUCUACGCGCUACGAACGGCUGAAAAGGCGCAGUGUGCGCGUAGUCGCCUGGCGUGCGCGCGAUUUGUCCUUAUCACUCGUCACAUUGUCACUUUCAACAUAUUGCUUCAGUACAUGAAGAAAAAAACAUAGACAUUUUAGAUGGCGGGAACAAAGUUUUACGGUUCAACAUCAACAUUUCUGCUGAGCGUUGCGGCUUUCAUUUCGUUAAGUGUCUAUAUACACGCUGACGACAGCAGACAAUGCUAUUGGUGCGGUCCACUCGCUGAGCAAGUGCAUCGCAGUCGCCGUGCCCCGCCAUGCGACGCUCCUAAAGCACACGUCACGUCCUGCGAUCCGGGCCUCCUGCACUGCGCAGUUGUUGCGACAGCACCACCUUACGUAGAAUCGAGAUACUGCGUAAAAAUUUAUCAAGAUGAAUGUUAUGUGGAUUUUUGCAAUUCUACAAAAACUUGGAAAAUGACAUGCCCUUGCAAAGGAGAUCUUUGCAAUGGGCAAAACUCCGAUCGUGAAGAUAAGGCAUUUGCAGAACUUAUAGAGAAAACCCAAAAACAAGUCAAAAAGCGAACCAGGAAGAGCAUCAGUGAAUCUUUUGAGACACCCAUUGAAAUUGAAGAAAAUAUGCACAGCUCUUAUCCGAGUUUAAGUGCUAUAGAAAUCAAACAAAACGAAACUAAUAGAGAUAAUAUAAAUGAGAAGAAUUUUGUAACACAUAUAAAAAUUGUCAACGUUUCAGAAGAAAGGGAAUCACUGGUUGAAAAUGACUCGGAAGAACCAGUGACGUCACAGAAUCUAGAAAAUAAUAAUGAUCCUAACGAUAAAAAUGAAACUGAGAAAACAACACUUCAAAUAAAUGACGAAAUAUCUGAGAAUUCAGAUAAUAAUAAUCAUAUAGAAACAACGCCAAUGACAUUGGAGUCUACGAUAAAAAUAACAGAAUUAAAUAAGGUUGAUAACCCGUUGCCGGACAAUUUAAUAAAGCCUAGUGAAGAAUUACCCACUGCAGAAGCACUUCAGGAAAGUGUCAAACCAAACACUGUGAAGGACAAGCAAAAUUUUCCGACUACAUUAUCUGAAGAUUCAACCGUAACAACAACGGAAGGAAUAGAAAUAACAACUGAAAAAGCGAACCAAAAAAGCGGUUCCGAAAGAUUCAAAUUAAGUACAUAUUUACUUAUUGCAGUUUUAAACUUUUUUUAAGAGACUGCAUUUUAAGUGGCAGAUUAAAAUUUCGUAUUUCAUUUCACAAGCUAGUAUUCUUUGUAGUGAUGAAUGAUCUCACCUUUUGUUCCAUUUAUAAAGCAUUGUGUUGUGAUAUUAGUAUAGGUAAAAAUAGGAAAAAAGGCGAUUUAUAUCAUAUUGCGAUUUGGUAGAUAUAGUAUUUGUGCAAUAAAA